AUGGUUCUAGCAAGCCUAUUUGCUGCUUUAGUUAUACUAAUAGUGUCUGCCGAAGAGCCUUUCAAGUCAGCGAGAACAUGCCCAGCAUUUACGAAGGGAAGUUUUACAGUUCAGCAGUUCCAGCUGUAUCCCGAGAACGCUGACUGGGACGUUGACAACUGCAUUAUCUACUUUGGAUCACUUUUUAACGCAAGCGUCGUUGUUUAUGACCCUUACAUAGAGACAGUUGUUGAUAUCAUCGCGUUUGAUGGCAUCACACACAACCCAGGCCUGCAUAUCGGUGGCGUAGCAGUCGACCCUCACACCAAGCUUUUGUCCGUCGUCGUUGAUGCCGCCGCCCCAUUUAACACCGGCGGUAGGGAUAUUUCGGGUGAUAACUUUAUCAUCAAGUACGACCCAAAAAAGAAGCAAGUCGUGUGGAACAAGAACAUCACCGCCGUAACCAAGGGGCAAUACGGCGGCUUCCAGGAUGUUGAGCAUGAUCCUCUCGGAAACACUUUCGUCGUCGGGUCGUUUCCUGGCACUAUCAUAAAGAUCAACCGUGAAGGUUCAAUCGUCGAGCCUUGGUUCCUCCCUAAACAGAUUGUUCCCACAAGAAUGGGUUUCUCUGGACUUGCAUCUACCGAAAACACGUUACUUGCCAAUAACAAUGAGGACCGCCAGAUCUACCGGUUCAAUAUGAAAGAUGACAAGGGCAGGCCGGAGCUCGUUCCCAGAACGCCAGACACAAAACUUGGUAUGACUGACGCCAUCUAUUUGCCCCCAAGAUACGAAGGCAAAGUCCUGUUGAUAGCUGAAAAUGACAAGGGAAUCACGGUCCUUCGUUCCAAGGAUGGCUCAUGGAAGUCAGCCGAACACCUUGGUACUGUGUCUAAUAACUCACCGGCAGCUCAAGGUGGAAUUGUCACAGCCCCAGUUCAGAUUGGAGAUAGUUUGUUCAUGGUUGAGGAGUUUUUCAUCGAUCCCCCGGUACCCGGCUCAGCAGUAGGGAACAGGAGCAGUUUUCCGUUAGUAGACAUUACGUCGGAAGUUGAACAGCUGUUGCGAAAUUGA